GUUGUCAGCUUUCAAUUUCAGUUCAGUUCUUCCUACUUGAGACAUGAGAACAAAAUGAGAAUCUUUCAGCUUUCAGCAGUCACUCAGGCUUUCGCUCGGUUGGCUUGAUUGAAUUCACUUUAUUUUCACCACUACUUAACUACGUAAAAUGCAAAAAUGUACUUGAAGUUGUUAUAAAAAUGUGCUAAAUAAGUUUAAAAUCCAAACCAAACAUUAUAUACGAUAUUGUAAGACUAGAUCUAUGAACAUACUAAUUGAUAGUGUUGAUUGACAUAUUUUCUAAUACUGUUUGCGAAGCAUUAAAAACUGAUAAAUUGUACGUGACAAAAAUGAACGACUCGCCAGAAAAUAGUAGCAAUAAUGCUAACUCAGACAUCGAGACCUUGGAUUUUUUGCGCGAGGUGAAGUCUUCAACUUGCUUACUUUUGCCGACAACACCAAGUCCAACUCAAUUAGAAUUCAAACACCCUUUGUCUGAAGAAAUGAGUGAACAGCCAUUUCUCACCAUUAAUGAUGAUGACAACAAUAUUGGGAAUUUGCAGAAUUCAGCAGGUGAUUCAAGUUCUUCAGCAGACUCUAACUCUGUAGUCCAAGAUCCUGUUAGUGCACAACUUAUAAACAAUAUCAGCAUGUUGGAUUAUCAAACUCUGAGUAAGAACGGAGACCUCAUUUUGGGACCUACUGAAGAUUGCAAACUAAAUGGGAAUUUGAAUGUAAGUAACAGAAAAUUACCUAAUUUUGUUAAAUGGAAUUGGAGAAUAAUUAGGAAAGUAUUGUUAUGGAUUGUUCUGUCGGGCUUGAUAGCUUGCCUGGCAUCUAUAGUCGCCAUGGUGAUUACCAUGCCUCGACAGUGCAACCCGGACAUCCCAUGGUAUCAAGGGAAAGUCUUCUAUGAAAUAUUUCCAGCCAGUUUCAAAGAUUCAAAUAAUGAUGGAAUCGGAGACUUCAAGGGAAUCAUUAAAAAACUGGAUUACAUUGAGGAGAUGGGUGCUUCUGCAAUCAGGCUCAAUUCCAUAUUUGAAGCUCACAACUACCCCGAACAGUAUUACAAUGUAACAUCUUUAAUUAGAAUUGCCAGAAGCUUAGGUACCAUUGAUGAUUUUAAGCAGCUAGUUUCAGAGGUCCACCAGAGGAAUAUUUCUCUGAUCCUUGAUUUACCCGUUUUGUCUAUGAUCAAACCUCAGAUAGGAAGUAACUCUACUAAAACAUUUCUCUUUGCAAAUGACACUAUAAUUGGCACUUCUGACAUUACCACUGCUGCUAUAGUCUAUUGGGCGAAAGCUAUAAAGGUCGACGGGUUUUAUCUGAUAAAUCUAGAACAUUUUGUUGAAGAUAUUAAUUUUGGCAAAAGCCUCCAACAUUGGAAACAGAUUAUUGGGUUCAAUAAAAUCUUGAUGGCAAGUGAAAAGACAUUGAAUAGCGUUUCCGGAGAUGCUCGCAACAUCUUGUUGUCAAGGAUUGAUUUGAUUGAUGUUCACUUGGAUCUACACAAAGAUAUCACUGGUUUGGUAGAUAAAAUUAAUAACAUGGUAACUGGCGACCUCUGGUCUAAACCGCACUAUCCAUGGGUGCACUGGAACAUAGGGAAUAUGUACAGUGAAAGAAUAUCUACCAAACAUAUCAAUAAUACUUUAGCUUUGACCGCUUUGGAGUUUAUGUUGCCUGGCACUGUCAACAUAUUCUAUGGAGACGAGAUAGGUCUUGGCGGCGUGCCUGUAGAUGAAGUGGAGACAGAUUUUCAUGAUCACCAACAUAUCCACAAUCUAGUGCCAAUGAGCUUUUCAGGAAGCGAGAUUAAAGAAACCGUUGGAAUCUUGCCUUGGAAUUCAAAAUCUGUAUUGGAGCCAAAAUAUCAUUUCUUGAAUGUUAUAAAGAGUUUUACGGAAGUUCGAUUGAGCACUCCGACGAUAUACUUGAGAGCAAUAUAUAAAGAUGGCAACAUACAGAAGAAUAUGGAGGUGGAGAUUAUUAGAGAAUCCUUGGUUCUGAUCGAGAGGAGGUAUCCUCGCAGGAAUGCUUGCGUGUUUGUCGGCAAUCUGGGCAGCAAGCCCGUGACUACUGACCUGUCAGCCAUGUUCUACGGGGGAACAGUAGUGGCCGCUACCAACAGCUCGCUUGUCGGACAAGUGCUGUAUUUUGAUCAGGUCACUUUCGCGCCAAAUUCAGCCAUUUUGUUCAAAUUAGAAAAGUAAUCAUAUACCGUACUUAGAUUAGGCAAUAUUAAAUAUUAUUAGUCAUUACUAACGAUAGACUUAUUGUUAAAUGUUUUAAGCGUAAUCGUAUUUUUUACAAUUGAUCAAACUAUCUACUUAAGAAAUUUAUGGGAAUAUGUCUAUCGGUCCAAGAGUAUUGUUAAUAAAUAGUAUUAGAGACCUUAUAAAAAUAGUAUAGAAUCUCCACUAAGAUCAAAAAGCCUGUGAGGCUAUGUAAUCUCUGUUGAAUCUCCUGUUGAUUUUAUUUAAAUAUUUUAUCUCGUCAUAUUUGAGUGAAAUGUGAGCUUAAGAGUGAAAUGUUCGUAUUGCUUAUUAGUCAGACCAGAUAUUGUUGUAAACUAUUAUUUUUCGAACAUUAUAUAUAGUUGUGUUUAAUAGAUAGUAGUCAAUAUGCCAUGAUCAAUUUUUUAUUUAAUUAUGAAUGUAUUAUUACCAAAGGAUUUUUAAAGUGAGAUAAAUUUUACACGACCCUUUUAGAUUAGAAUGAAAACUGGUUAGUGACAAAAAUACUCGUUUUGUUUUUUUUUUAAGUAUACAUUUAAACUAGUUUAUUUUAAAAGUAUUAUGUGGUAUAAGUAAUGUUUUUUUAAAUAUCUACUUUGAAGAAAUAAAAAAAAUAAAAAAAAAACAUGCCAUAUUUACCAAACUUUAAUAUACAUUUGUACACAUUGCAAACAAAUAAUUAUUAUGUACUUAGUAUAUCCAGACUGUAUUAUUAUGUACACAUGAUUGUAAACAAAAUAAAUACCUUGCCGCUGC